AUGUCCUCUUGCAACACCUCCAUCCCUCAGCCCUUGGUGUUUGUCCUGGCUGGAAUUCCUGGCCUGGACUCUUCCCAGGGCUGGUUCUCUGUGCCUUUUUUCUUGGUGUUUGUCAUUGCAGUCAUUGGCAAUGCCACCAUCUUGUGCAUCGUCCAGAUGGAGAAGAGUCUUCAGGAGCCCAUGUUUCUCUUGUUGGCCGUGCUGUCGGCUGUUGACCUGUCUCUGGUCACGGUCACGGUGCCCCGCAUGCUGGGUAUCUUCUGGAUGAAUGCCAAGGAAAUCAGCUUCAGUGCCUGCCUCACGCAGAUGUUUUUCAUCCCUUUAUUUUAUGUCAUGGAGUCUGGGACCCUCCUGGCUAUGGCUUUUGACAGAUUUGUGGCUAUCUGGCACCCUCUGAGAUAUACAACCGUCCUUUCUAACAAUGUGCUUGUGAAGAUAGUCCUGGCCGUCGUAGCCAGGGCAGUGGCGGUGCUGACGCCAGCACCCAUCCUGGCAAAAAGACUGGGACGUUUCCAAACUCACGUCGUUGCUUACUCUUAUUGCGCCUACAUGGCUGUGGUGCAGAUAGCCUGCGGAGACGUCUCUGAUCACAUCGCCUACGGCCUUAUGGUUCUUGUAGCAUCUGUGGGAUUUGAUCUGUUUUUCAUCAUUCUGUCAUAUGGGCUGAUCCUUCGUGCCGUCUGCCGGAGACCCUCUUGGGAGGCACGGGGCAAAGCCCUCAGCACAUGUGGCUCUCAUCUUUGUGUCAUUGCUCUCUUUUAUUCUCCUGUUGUCUUUUCUGUCUUGGCCCAGAUCUUAGGCUACCGUAUGGCUCCCUAUCUGCAGAUUAUCAUUGACAAUCUCUACUUCUUGGUGCCUCCCAUGGUCAACCCUUUAAUUUAUGGGGCCCGGACCAAGCAAAUGCGGGAGUGGGUGCUACGGACCUUUCACUGUCAUAGUGAGUGAGGUUGGUACUUGAGGUGGACAGGAGAUCUGGGAUAUGAAGCGGUGAAUCAUGGUGAGUUGGAGGUAGAGAU